AUGAAAAUAUCAAUACCUCGUGCUGUCAUUACACGUUGGAAUUCUCAAUUUUUAACUUUUGAAAGUAUUUUAGCUAUACCUACUCUUGAAUUAAAUGAAAUUCUAAUCGAAUUAAAACAUUCAAAUCUUUGUUUAAAUGUACGUGAUUUAGCUAUUUUCAAUGAAUUUGUUGUUUUAUUAUCAUUAGUUGCUGAAGUAACAACAACUACACAACGUGACAAUUCUCCAUCUAUUUCUCUUGUUGCUGCGAGUAUUCUUACUAUUUAUUUCGAUUUAAAAAAUGAAAAAAAAAUUAACAUUCAACAUACAGUAACGAUAUUUUAUUCUUUAAUUUCUUCUUUGUUAUCACGAUUCGAUGGUCUUUUGGAACAAUCGGAAAUUGAUAUUAAUGAAACAGAUAUCGAAUUUAAAAAGAAACACCAGUUUUAUAAUCUGUAUAAAGAUCCUGUUUUCCUUUUUACGUCAUAUCUUGAUGGCAUGUUCAAAGUUAAUUGA